GUUCAAUUAUAAAUAUGUGCUGAAAAUGUUAAAGACAUUUGGAGAGGUUUCAUACUAUAGUAUGGCAACAGCAAUUUUCCCACCCCACUCUCUUCCUCUAUUCUCUACGUGUCUUCUCAACGCGCCUGUUCUUUACUCAUGUUUUUUUAUAUAGCUAGUUAUGUGUGUAUGCCACUGUGUGGCAUGGAAAGGUCAUCACAAUGGGUUUUUUUGUGGGCAUCCAAUACAUACACUGUGUUACUGAGACUGGUGCAAUCGGCUGUGGAUGUCAGAGCUAUUUAUGUUGACUUUUCUUUUUUACCCUGAAUCAGGGAUUUGAAUCUGAGCAAAUAGUUGCUUGCCAUUGGUGCAAUGAAAUCAAAGACAUUACAGCUGCAAUAAUUUAGAAAUCAUCUGUGCUGAAUGACUUUUGUUCAUUAAUGAAGGAACAUUACUGUUUACAACUUGAUGCUGUAAAGAGACUGGACAUUAACAACAGACAAGACUCACUUUCAGUUUGUUGUAUUAUAUAACUCACUGUUUAUUGUGAAGGCGGUUGUGAAACAGCAGUUUUUGGGCUCGGAAAGGUUGCUUUCAAGUCGAGGUUUCAUCUUUCACUGGACACUUCUAACAUGUCGUCAAAUGCUGCCCAGGAAGGACCUGUUGUGACAUUUGGCAUCAUCGCCGACGUGCAGUACGCAGACUGUGAAGACGGCACAGAUUUUUCGAAAUCGAGGCAGCGUUUCUACAGAAAUUCUCUCAACCUCGUGAAAAACGCCGUCAAUGAUUGGAAGAGCAACUCUGAUCCGGUGGCAUUUAUUCUACAACUUGGUGACCUAAUUGACGGAAAAAACAAAUUAGGUGGAGAGCUGGCGAGCCGGAAGGCCCUGAAGACGGCUCUGAAUCCUUUGAACUCCUUGCGUAUACCCGUUUACCACGUCAUUGGAAACCACGAACUGUACAACCUGAACCGCUCGUUUUACCUCACCUCCCCCUUAAACAGCUCCCUCUCCCUCAGCAUACAACCUCCCACAAACAGACUGUACUACACUUUCCUACCGCACCCGAAACUGAGGGUGGUGGCUUUAGACUCGUACGAGGUCAGUCUUCUGGGCUACGGGGACAACCAGGAGGACGUCAAUUACCUGGCGGCGUGCGCCAUGUUUCCCGAGAAGAAUCCGAACACUGAGGCGAACGACACGUCCGGUCUGCAGGGUCUGGAGCGAAGGUGGGCUGCGUUCAACGGCGGGAUCUCCAGCGCGCAAAUGACGUGGUUGUCGCAAGUACUGGAGAAGGCUCAGGAGAAGGAGGAGAACGUCAUUAUCAUCUCUCAUAUCGGUCUCCAGAACGAGAUCAAAGACUAUGGCAUCUGCCUGCUGUGGAACUACGACGAGGUCAUGAGCGUGGUGCACAGGUACCGCUGUGUCGUCGGCGUGUUCGCCGGCCACGAGCACAUAGGCUACGACUGUGUAGACGACCACGGCGUACAACACAUCACGUUUCCCGGGGUCAUCGAGACGCGCCCUGGGAGCAACUGCUACGCCACCGCCAGAAUGUGGAGAGACAAAUUAGUCGUCUCUGGCGUCGGGAUUGUGCCCAGUUUCACCAUCCCUCUGAGAUAUCCCGUAUGAAAACGCGUUGGCUCGUUUAUGUGUACCUAACUUCUCUGCCGUUCUCUUUCAUGACAAACAUCAUCGUUUUUCUAUGAGGAAUGUAGGUACGUGUUGGAAUUACACAGUGAGAUCUACAUCAAAACGUGGUUGUUCUUAUUUGUUAAUGUCCAAAAAUAUUAAUUUACUUCGAGUUAAGUUUUUGACUUUGUCUUACACGUAAUAAAUAUAGUAAGUAAAAGA